CUGCAAUGGGCAGUUAGUUAUCGGAAUACACUUCCAGGCUAAACUGUUUGGUUAACUUCGUCUACAAAAUUUGCGGUGGUACGUUUUUAAGCUCAACGAACAACAAAAUGAAGGUUUUCGUGUGUGUUUUGGCCAUGGUGGCAGCUGCCCAAGCUGGUAUUUUGGGUAUUGGAGGAGGCAGUUCCGGUGGUCAUGGUGGCAGCUACAGUAGCGGUGGUGGCUAUAGCUAUGGAGUUGGAAGUGGUGGUCAUGGUGGUGGCUAUAGCGGUGGUAGCAGCUACUCAUCUGCCGGCAGCAGUGCCGCCAGCGUUGUGAAAGUAAUCCAUGAGGGUGGUAGCGAUCAUGGUGGUUUUGAUGCCGGUUUCAGUGGAGGCCAUGGCGGUGGCUUCGAUGGUGGUUACAGUGGUGGCUAUAGUGGCGGUUUCGAUGGUGGCUUGGUUGGAGGUUAUGCUGGUGGUCAUGGAGCUGGUGCCGGUGGUGCUGCCGAUGUUAAAAUUGUCAAAGUAAUUUCUCAGGGAUCGGCUGGUGGUCAUGGCGGUAGCUUUGCGGGCGGCGUUGGUGGCUACUCUGGUGGUUAUUCUUCCGGUGGUCAUUCUUCUGGCGGUUACUCUUCCGGUGGUCAUUCUUCUGGUGGUGAUGUCAAAAUCAUUAAAGUUAUCCAUGAAGAUGGUGGCAUUGCUGGUGGUCAUGGCGCUGGUUUCUCUGCCGGUCAUGGUGGUAGCUUCUCAGGUGGCUAUUCAGGUGGUUUCUCCAGUGGUGGCCACUCCAGCGGUGGUGAUGUUAAGAUCGUCAAAGUUAUUAGCCACGGCAGUGCUGGCGGUUACAGCUCUGGUGGUGCCAGCAGCUAUGCUGGUGGCUAUAGCUCUGGUGGUUACAGUUCCGGUGGUUACAGCUCCGGUGGUUGGUCCUCUGCCCCCAGCCACGGUUGGUAAAUGUUUGCCCCAGAAAUGUCCAAGUAUUAGUCACACAUUUCCCGAGCUCUUCUCUUUUGUAAUAUAUUUCUUCCCAAAUCAAUGAUCACCUCAUUCAUCUGUCAUUGCCUCUUCGACGACACAUAAGACAUUUGUCUUGUCAUUUUUUGACCAGUCAUUUUGUUGUUUUAGUUUUAAGCCAUAAUUAGUAGACGUUGUUAAUGUUGUUACAUGAUUUUUUUAUUGUUGAC